AUGGGUCGUCGAGUCGUCUCCGGCGGCUGUCACCCGGUGGAGCGGAAAAAUGACGACUUUACGGCUUUGCGACUUUCCGACGACUGUCACCCGACGGAGAGGAGUUGGAUGGAGGUGGGGCAUAUGUCACAGAGCUUCAUCCUCAAGUCCACGCAGCAAGAGGAGGCUCUUCAUCACAUUCAGUACACUCUCAGGAGGUGACAACUCAUUGCUUAGUGGAUCGUCCUCUUUCCGACGAUGGCUUGUUUGUCGAUCAAUUGGAGAGAGGACGAUCUGCCGGGAGACGAGUCGCCACCUCCUGAGAGUGUACCAGAUGCGAUGAAAAGCCUCAUCUUGCUACGUGGACCUGAGGAUGAAGCUCCCUAACAUGCACCCCACCUCCAUCCAGGUCCUCUCCGUCGGGUGACAGCCAUCGGAAAGCCGCAAAGUCGUCAUUUUUCCGCUCUGCCGGGUGACAGCUGCUGGAGACGAUUCGACGACCCAUUUCAUUAAUCUCUAGAUUUCGCAAGGAGAUUUAGAGAUUGCCCUCGUCGUCUUUGUCCAAGGAGAGCCUUUGAGGCUGUGGACACUGCACGACGAUCCUCUUGAACGCUCAGAAUUCUGGUGCAUCGUUGAUGCAUUGUCAUUGCGACGCCGGAACUCUAUUUUCUUGCUUUCAACUUACUUUACGCUUCAUUUAGUGAUAAUUUGUGUGAUUUUAAUUUACCAAAAUAUACUUCGUUCAAUUAUGAUUCUUUCAGGUUUUAUAGAUCUUAAUUUGAUUAAUUAAAUCAUCUGUAAUCGCUUACGUAAGAAUCGUUGAGUGGAACUCUGUUUUUGUCCAAUUCGCAUUCACCGGGUGCUGAUGUCAUCUUGAUGUCCACACCCUUAUUUCCCUUUUUCGUGAAUUUUAAAUAUAUUUCCUUUUCAUUUUCUAGUAUAAAAUUUAUAGAAAAUCAUAUUUUUUGAGGAAAAUUCUGAAUAAUUACCAGAUAUUAUAUUGCAUCCCUGUGAUUGUUCUGGAAAAUUACCGCUAUUUUUGGAAGUUUUAUUGAAUUAUAAUUGAUAUAUUUAUUCAGAAAUACUUCUAAAUAUCUGAAAAUUCAUAUUUUCUAGUUUUAUAAAUUUUAGAUUUACAUAAUUUAAUAUACAACGACUAAGUCACGUCAGCUAGUAUGAUCUUGUGAUCCACGUGUCUAUUGGGGGUGACCCCUAUGUUUUGGCAAAUGUCUUAGAACAUUUGAGCCUCAUUUGUUACUUUAAUUGAGAUGAAUCUCAAUUUUGAAUGAUAUGGUUUAUUUCUCCAAGUUCAAUUUAAUAUUCUUUCAACUCUUUAUCCACUAAACCCUCAAGAUAGUGUUGAUGAAUUCGUAGGUCCUCAUGGAUAGCCAUAGCUUGUAGAUUAAUGUAGACAUCUUAGUAAAUUUUAGUUUUGGCUACUUCCCUAGUUCCAUGAUUGCCUAAUAACUUGGGAUGGUUGAGACUAGAAAGGUGA